AUGUUUAUCAUUAUCUUUUCCUUUGUAAAAAGAAUGAAAAUAAGUGUAGAGAAUAUAGGAAAUGUUUUAAUAUGCUUAUGGAAUAAAUGUAAUACUACUACUACUACUACUACUACUACUACUACUACUACUACUACUACUACUACCAAUAAUAAUAAUAAUAAUAAUAAUAAUAAUAAUAAUAAUAAUAAUAAUAAUAAUAAUAAUAAUAAUAAACUUAACUAG